UUGAGGUUUUUUAUGAAAACUGCAUGUACUUCAAUAUUUUCAUUACAAGUGCUGAUUUCUGUUUCUCCAACCUUGCCUAAAUACACCUAAGUUAAGAGGGGCAGAAUGUUUUAUUUUAAUCCAGCUUGAGAGGUUUUUACGUAUUUCUUUUUUUCCCCCAUUUUUUUGUCUUUGCUAUUGUUGAAAUUUUAUUAUAAAGGUACUCUUAUCCCUGUUCAUUUGGUCUGCUUUAAUAACCUGUUUUCUUUCUCUGGGCAUCUCUCUCUGGUAGAUGUUAAAUAUUUCUUGCCUUUUUAAUUUUCUGAAAAUGAUGUCAGUUCUUUGAGUUUCUGUAAGAAGAUAAGGUCACCAGUAGGAUUCAAAGGUGCAGGAAAUUGCCAGCAAUCUUGUCUUGACCAACAGUGAGCUUUUAGAAUUAGAUUUCUGGGGGUUUUGAAAGUUGCUUUUCGGAUCUUUAUUCUACCCUGAGCUGUCUCUUCUCUGAAGCCUGGUUUUAUUUCCUUCAUUGUUUCUUUUCUGGAUUCACUUUGCCUUUCUCCUUUUCACUCUUGUUAACCUCUUCACCUCUCCUUUCUUCUCAUUAUCUAUCAUUUUCUUUGAUUUUCUUUUUCUUGAUAUCUAUGCAAGAGGAUCUUUUUACCCUCCAAAUAUUUGUAGUGACAGUUUCAGAGUGAGCGAAACAGCUAAUGGGUGGCCUUGGCUUCAAGUUUGCACAAGUAUUUGCCUUGCAUUGUGUACUGAAAUGAGCAACUCCUUACUAAAUGCACUUAGUUUUUCCUGGUGUGGUUACGUGCAGCGAGACUUUGUAUCAAACACUGGAACUGUAGAGCAUGUUACUUAAAACCUGAGUAACCGUGAAUGCGUUUCUCAUAAGCUAAAACAUUGCUGUCCUUGGCAAGCCAGUAUUUUGAGAAAUGUUUUGUUUGAGGGACUCAGAAAGCAGUCAAAAAAUUUUAUUAUGACUGUAAGCAAAUGUACUUCUGACACCACUGACCUCAGUGGGACUCCGUGAUGCAAAACUGGAAGGAUAUGAGGGUGAAUCAGCCCCAUUGUUUCUUUGUGUACAUCGCAAUAAUUGCCCCUGUGGACUUUUUGCAAUACACACAACAACUUAAUAACAAUGUAGUCAAUUACCUCUCCCUUCACACUUUCCUUCUACCUUUCUUUGGUGGUAUUUUUCUGGGGAAGUAUGAGGACAGCAAUGAACUCUACUUACCUUCCACUACUGACAUAUCCAAAGUGGAUCAAUAAUUUGUUUUUCCACUACACCCCUUUGUUGUACUGUUUUUGCUGGGGCUAUUUGCUGUACCUAGAUUGGGAUCAUGGCAUAUUCCUACAGGCUUGCCACAGAGAGUGUCAAUGUAGGAAAGGAAAUAUCCUGGUUUCCCAAGUCAUGGUCUUUGACAUGAGUCUGUUUUGACACUGUUUUCUUAGCACGCUGUUUUCUCUAAAAUCUGUUAUCAGCUGUGUGUAAAUAAUACUUUGAGCAAAAUAGAGAGUCAUAAAUUCCUUGGCAGACACUUUUAUCUGCUGUCACAUUUUGAUACUUUCAGUUCACCAGUUUUGAUAGUCACUAAUUAAUCUUUGUAAGUGUUCAACUCGCAGAAAGGAAGACAUCAUUUUCAGUCAGGAUUAUUUUUCUUCCAGUCUGGAGGAAAGAACAAUGAAGCAAAUACAGAAUAUUUUCUGUGAAAUCUACUCUGAAUAAACAAUCCAUUAAAACCAGAAAGGUCUUUGACCAUUUGAGUGUAGAAACACUGGGAAUCCAUUGUCAACCAUAAAACGCCAAGGAGGACAACAAGUCCACUAUAGUGGUAGGCCUCCAGUACACACAGAAGCAGUUAUUUUUGCAGGAUAAUGAAGUGCUGUGAAGCCAGAGCAUGCAUGUAGUUACAGGAAAAUGAGGACUUGGGGCAGGAAAAUAGUGCCAAACAUUAUCUGACAUGGUUAGUUCUGGUAGCAGAGUAUGGAUUUCAAAGACUUAAAAGAUUCUCAAGUCCUUUGUUCCUGCAAAUAUAUUAAUUUUCCUGCAAAGCAAUCAAUAUUCAUGCAUGAUUUUUUAAUGUUCAAAAAAUGGUGGUGUUAAGGAAUACUCUAAAUGUUUAUGAGGUCUUACAAUUGGUGAUAAAGCUGCAUGUAUUCCUCCUAGAUCAAGCACGGUGAAAUCUGAAUGGCCAUCUGUUUAAGGUUCCCAAAGCAAAGGGAUCUAGUUUUUUUGUUCCAGACCUCUGGAGGCUUGCACUGGAAACUGAAAAAUUAUCAGAGACAGAGAAAAGAAAAUAAGACACUGCUGAGAGGAUAUGUAAAAUAGACUCUCAUAGCAAAGGAGAGAGAAGAAUGCACAGAUUUCCACAGUUGUAGGAAUCUUUAAAUAUCCUGGAAUAUGGUGGAAGCAGUACUGAUAGAUCUGUUCAGCCUACCAGCCAACUUGCAGAACAACAUCCAAGGAUUAUUAUGUAACAUGCUGGAAACUAUUGAGAAACGCUCUUCUGUCCCUGCUCCAUUUGUUUAUGUCGUAUGUUGCCAGAGGCAGGGGAGUGAAAGGAAUGGUGAACAAGAGUCCUUGCUUCCAGCUCUGAGAGAUUUUCAGUGUCUGAAGAAAAGACUGGAGGUGAUACGUGCUGUCACUACAGCUGCUGCUUUGUACACUGUCAAACAAAGACUGGAUGAAAAAGACCUAAGCAUCAUUAAAGUUAUUCUCCCUACCUUAAGAAAAGGCUUAAUGAAAGUAUAUAUAGACCAUCUCUUUACAGCAGUCUACCAGUUUGAAUUUGAGGAUUUACAGGUAGCAUCAGAUUGUGAAAACCUACAGAUAGCUGAACCUCAGAGUGAAGAACAAACACUUUCUACAGAGGACGUGGCGCUCAUCCGAAGUGAGAUUCAGACAUACUUGGCAAGCCUGCCGAGCCUGAAAGGGGAGCUCACCAUCCUCAGAUCUUCCCUGAUCCCAGAUGAUAUCUUCCUACAUGGCUUCACCACAAGGACAGGUGGCAUCUCCUACAUACCGACUCUAAGCUCCUGCAAUCUCUUCAGCAGUUCCAAACGGAGGGACCCACAAGUUGUUGUCAAAGAAAAUCUCCGCAGGCUAGCUAAUGCUGCAGGAUUUAACCCAGAGACUUUUCACAGAGUCAAGAUUGAUCACGCUAAUGCUGUGUGUAUUAUGGGAAAGACAGAGCCUGACAGCUAUGAUGGAAUAGUUACGAAUCAGAAAGGUGUUACGAUAGCAGCUCCAGGGGCUGAUUGCAUACCUGUGCUGUUUGCUGAUCCUGUCAGAAAAGCCUGUGGUGCUGCUCAUUCUGGAUGGAAAGGCACAUUGUUAGGAGUUUCGAUGGCCACAGUAAAUGCUAUGGUAUCUGAAUUUGGCUGUAACGUGAAAGAUAUCCUUGUGGUGCUGGGUCCAUCUGUAGGACCUUGCUGCUAUAAACUUCCUCACGAAUCAGCUAAAAAAUUUCACAGAAUUGAUCCAAAAUGUGUAAGACUAUUUGACUCUGCAAGUCCUUAUAUUGACAUUAGAAGAGCAACACGGAUUCUUCUUGAGAGUGGUGGGAUUCUUCCUGAGAACAUCCAAGAUGAUUCUGUCACAGACCAGAACCAAAAUAUCACUUUCUGUACUGCAUGCCACCCUGAUAAAUUUUACUCUCACUUCCGUGAUGGCACUAACUUCGGGACACAGAUUGGCUUCAUAUCAAUCAAAGACUGAGAUAGUAUCUCUUACUCUUGAAUAGUAUUUAGACAAUAAGUCUGGUGCAUUGUCUGGCAUCCUGCUCUCAUUGUAGAAGUUCUUCCUUUCACAGACUUGCAAUAGGGAAUUCACGGGUCUUGCAAUUCUCCUGCUUCUUCCCUUCCCUGCCAUUCUGAGGCAAGAAUAAAUGUCCAGGAUGCAGGGCCGAUAAUUCUUGUGUGAGACAGGUUGCAAAGGAAGCAAAGAAAACCCACACCAGUGACAAAGCCCUUCUGCAAGACCAUAUGCAAGGUCCAGUUUUUUGGAGCCUUCUUGACCAAGUAUUUCCCAGAAACCUCACUGCCUUAAAGUGGUGAAAGCACAAAAAAGCAGUCUUCAUUAGCUUCUGGGUGAGACUUCUGAAUGAAGUUAUGUACGACAUUGCUGAUGUAGGAAGGGAAGCCUGUAUUGCACAUUAACUGUUUGAGAACACUCAGCUUCAGUGGUUUCAGCUGAAGGUUAGCCUUAUGGAAUUAUGUGCCUGGGAUUGCUUUUCUUCUUUGGAUUAGUUUAAAGAAGAGCUCCAAAACACUUAUAGGACUUUUCCUAUGGAAAAUAACUUGAAAGUGAGAAGCAAGUAAGCUCCUUUGGGGCAGAGAUUGAAAAUAUAUGAACCCUUACCAUUCUGUAUUUUUUGACUGCAGAAAAAGUAGGACUAAGAUGCUUAGUAUGAUGUGACAUGCAUGUUAAUAUUUCCUUAGGAUUUUUUUUCUUCAAACUAUUGGUGCUCUGCUAACGUCCAUUGAAAUAGGCUCAACAGUGCCCAGUUAUUUAAUAAAUGUCUAAAAAGGGGA